AUUAUUCAAAUACAUUCAAGAUGUCCGCCAACCAGGAACAGACUUUCAUUGCCAUCAAGCCCGAUGGUGUCCAGCGUGGACUCAUUGGCCCCAUCAUCUCUCGCUUCGAGAACCGUGGCUUCAAGCUCGUUGCCAUGAAGCUCACCUCCCCUAGCCAGGAGCACCUCGAGAAGCACUACGCUGACCUCGCCACCAAGCCCUUCUUCAAGGGUCUCGUCGCCUACAUGCUGAGCGGCCCCAUCUGCGCUAUGGUCUGGGAGGGUAAGGACGCCGUCAAGACCGGCCGUGUCCUCCUCGGUGCCACCAACCCCUUGGCUUCCGCCCCCGGUACCAUCCGUGGUGACUUCGCCAUCGAUGUCGGCCGCAACGUCUGCCACGGUUCCGACUCCGUCGAGAACGCCAAGAAGGAGAUUGCUCUCUGGUUCGGUGCCUCCGAGGUCCUCAAGUACACCUCCGCCCAGUCCGCUUGGGUUUACGAGUAAAUUCCUCGUCUUUAAGUAGACUGGUCGGGCGGACUUCCUUUUCGGAUACUUCUAGCAUAGAAUAAAGCAG